AUGUUGUGCAAAAUUGUGACUCUGGCUCUGUUUUGCGUCGCAGGUGCUCAAUUCUUCCCUAGCAAAGACGACUGCAGAGAUUUGAUGCCAACUUGUGAGAAAACCGCCUUCCAAUGUAAGGAUCCGCUGAUGCGAUUGUCAAUGGAGACCACGUGCAAGAGGACUUGUGGAUUCUGUCAGGAGGUUUGCAAGGAUUACAAUUUUAAGUAAGGAUUUUAUAAAGGGUGCUGAAAAAAAUAAACGAUCGACCUUAUUGGUGCCGUAAUCGUAAUCUUUCAGCUGCAAGCACUACAAACUCAGUGGACUUUGCAACAGCGGUAGCUUCUUUAUCCAGAACUCGUGCAGGAAAAGUUGCGGGCUCUGCUCGGACGACAGUAAACCCACAACUCCUUCCAACGACGAUCAACCAGAUGAUCACACUGAACAACCAAUCGAUGAUGAAACUGAAGCUCCCAUUGACGAUGUGACUGAUGGAUCCGGUAACGAAGAGGGCGAUAACUAAAUUCUUUUUUAUUAUGGCGACAAUUGUAAUAUGGUGACAAUAAAAGGGUUUUUUUGUGAUAAGCAUCGAAUCGAGUUCAAGUUUACCCUCUUCUCAACCACUUCAACCGCUACGCCUGCUAGGAAAAUUCAUUGAGGAAAGAGAAAGUCGGUGACCCUCCGGCCGAAGCCUCAGAAAAGGGUCAACCACUCUACUAGCCCAGGUCAUCGAAAGCAAAUUCCCACGCUGCGUGCUACAGAAAGUAUACAAAGAUGCCACAGUCAUCCCUAAACGAAAACAAAUGCUGGAUGCAGUAAAGGAUGUCCUCCGCAAGAAGGCAAAUAUUUGAUCGGAUGAUCUCCGACAACCAUGGAGAUCAAAAGCGCAUCCCAAAUCGGCCAAACCCACCCAGCCAACUCUACCAAGUACUCUCCCAUUACAACACUGACCAAGAAGCGAAAAAAUCGCGACACGCUCGCGAUCCAAAAAUAGCCAAAAUUAAUUAUUCCAAUCAGCCGAUCGGAUGAUUAGUUUUGGCCUACAAUUUCCUCCAUGUCCCUUAAUCACCCUCUCCCGUGACGCCUGGGUAAGCACGAAUCAUUUACUCCCUGAAUCAUGCUUAAUAAAUGUGCUUAUGAGGUGUCCUAGGGCCGGGCCCAACUUUCACGAACGACGCGAUGAAUAAAAAGAAAAAAAGUCAUCCCAACCGGCGACUUUCGAAACAUGAAAUGAGGAAACUGGAGGUGGGACAAAGGAACACUGUUUCCAAAGAAGGCAAUAUAAAACAUUCCACCGUAAAAGCCAUGAAAUUGAUUGAGAAAUAAUACAAAAAAAGUCAAAUAUGUUGAGAAAUCACCUGAAAUUUCAACGUGUUGCAGCUUCUGGAAGACCGGCUUAAUUGUAUAAAAGGAAUUCGAAGGGACGCGCCCCACACCUCCACACCUUUAAGCCAACCCCGAAAUCUUUACAAUCCAUUUUAGUUAACGGUUUGUGGCACCAAUUAGUCGUGCUACGACUCCCUUGGCCCAGCCCUAGGACGCGGCGUCUAAUCCCACUAAUUUGUGCUAACAUAUAAUCCGUAAGCAAUCCUGCAAUAAACAUAGCGAAAUCAACGAAUCUCCAGUUCAGUUUACCCCUUCAACCACACCCCUAUCUUCAUAAGGUUGGAGAAUAAUUCGUAAUUGCGGUAUUCAUCCUUGUCUGCUGAGACAAACGGCAUGAUGCAGGGCAUACUACACUACGUAAAUCAAAGAGAACCUCGACCCGACGUGCUUCAACUAGAGCUGCCCGUCAGAAAAGGAGGAUCUUGUGAAUACUGCGAUGGACACCAUAACGCGAUACUAUGCCGAGAUAUCUCCGUAACGUCAAGAAAGGCCCUCAACGAAAAACUCGAUAAAAUGCUCACAAACGGCCAAAUCAAGAAUCUUGAGGGCAACUACGACCCACAGCCAAAAGAACCUAGCGAGUACCAGGAUUCUGAUGAAGAAUACAUCUGAACAUUCAGCAACCUGCUUAUUAAAUCCCAUAGUCCAAGUUGUCCAGCAUAAGGCGGCUCUACAACUUAAGAACGAAAGAUUCGAAAGCAGAACGAGGCUGUCUGCGUAGGCCUUCUCCUCAGAUAAAUAAAGUCCUUGUCGCGACACCCUCGCGAUACUAAAAAUAGCCAAAAUGAAUUCUUUCAAUCGGCCGAUUGGAUGAUUAAUUUUGGCCGGGAAAAUUCUUGAUUGCCACAGCACUCAUCGCCCCUGCCUCUUAAUCACCUCUUCCCAUGCAAACGCCUGAGUAAGCACGGAUCAUUCACUCCCUGUCGCCUGCUUAAUGAUUCCACUUAUGAGGUCUCCUAGGGCCGGACCCAACCCCCUUGGCCCAGCUCUAGGACAUCCCAUCUAAUCCCGCCCUUUUUAUGCUAACAUAAGCCUGAAAAAUCCCACAGUAAACAUAUCGCAAAUUGUUGUCAGUGCCGCCGUCGCUCAACACCCCCGUCCAGCUAAAAGGUAGGAGAACAAUCAGUUUCUCAAAAGGAGUCGGCAAACCUAGCCGGCCGACUCCAAAUUGUCACCGAGCCACCCCCGGCCGUGACAUUUUAUGGUGACCCCGACGUGAUCUAGGUCCACCAAAAGUAGACCUAUAUCGCGCCUCUGAAACCAACGGCAGCUCCCAAAAAGGGCAGCUCCCUAUGGAAGCUCAACUACCGCGAAGACCACGCGCAAAUCCCCAGCGCAGAAUCCCUGCCCCGCCAAAUUAAUCCCAACUACUGAACCCAACCCUUACUUGUGUCCCUUGACUUGCCAAAACUUCUACCUGUGCCUAUCUGAUUUGUACCCCCAGACGGUAUCCCCCAAAAAGUCCCCCUGAAUCCAAACUAUAGACUCUAUCCGGAAAAAUCCGCCAAGCUACCGGCUUGACAAAAGCCGUCUACAAGAUGCCCUCCGAUCCUACUACCAUAUCCAAAAGGAAAUUGAUCUAAAUCCCGCUGAGAUCAAUGACGAGCAAUUUUACAACACCUUCGAAGCUUCCCAUGAUGUAUUUCGAAGACUGUCCAAAAAUGUUCAACGGUUGGACGAGCUCCAUAUCCAAUGGCAAAGGAUUAUCGAAGCCAAUCCACCCGAAAAAGCCAUCUUUGACAACAACCUUGCCGCUCAUGGAGACUUUCGCCCCGGCGUUGAAGAAGGUCGCACUGCAGUUGAACACCUCUGA